CCUGUCGCCGGCUCACUGACACGAUGACCUGCCGUCUGUAGUCGUCGUCUGUAGCCAUGACCGUGAGCGUGGACCUGGAGGCAGAUCAACAAGAGAAGAUGCGAGGACUUCCUGUGCCUGACUGAGACGGUAACUGAGGCGAUGGCAUGAUGAGCAGCGUCAAAGAGCAGACAGAGGAGGCGAGGCAGAGAGAGGAAGAGACGCCCUCCGAGAGCGACGAAUACCUGGACAUGACGGAGGAGGAGGAGGAGGACGAUGGCGAGGAAGAGGGGAAAAGAGAGACACAAGAACAAACCGGGACGUCAGAAGAGCUCGGAGUUGCAAACGACUCGACAUGGAGCUUUUUAAACCGAGAAGAGACUGAGAGGAACAGAUCAGCGUCUGCCUCAGCUCUCCCUCACAUUCUCCACUUCACCGCCGAGGAGAUCGCCUCCGCUCCGGGAAUCGAAGCCGAGGCGUUCCCGGAGACGGGCUUCACGGAGUCGUACAGCAGCCAAGCCAACCUCAGCUCGAGUCCUCGUCGUCCACCUAGCAGGUCUGAAACGCAGCAGCUGCCGGAGCUUCCUGAACAAGUGACGGCAAAGAGUUACAGUGGCGCCUGGGACGGGCACCAGAAGCAGCCCGGUCGCUCACAGGGGAAAACGAGGCCGUCCACUCCUGAGGCGGCAACACGCUCAGGGAUUCCUUCCCUCGUCAGAGCAGACGCACUCAAAUUCAGACGGAGUCCAGACGGAGAGCCGAGGACUAGAGCUGCUGAAGGGAAUGAAUCCAGAAACCUGCCUCUGACUUACAGCACCCCGGACUUCUCCAAAGUGGAGCCCAGGGUCCGUUUCCCCAAAGGCGGCUACAAGCCCCCCGCGAGCAAGAGGGAUUCCUCUCUGGGGUCCCCCGAUCCGUCCGCCGCGUUCAAGUCUCCCGCCGACGCUGUGAAGGAAGUGCUGCUGAAUUGCCCCGUCUUAACCGUGCCCCAGGAAAUCAGAUGUUGCCAGGAGGCGAUCCGACUCAUCGAACAGCUACAGGAGGAGUACAACAUACUGCUGACUAAGUACGCCGAGUCGGAGAACACCAUCGAUCGUCUGCGUCUGGGAGCCAGGGUGAACCUGUACUCCGAGCCUCCGAAGCCCGGCUACCUGGUGCAGUCGGGACUGAACCGCAACGCUUCAAAGGUCAUGACCCUGGACCGUGCUCCGCCUCAGAGGGCAGAGUUCAACUCGACCCAGAGAGCGGAGGUCAACACGGCUUCUCUUCAGCCGAACGGACUCGACGCUCAUCAGAGUCUCGACGUGGGACAGCAGCUGGCCAAGAUCCUCUACGGUCAGGCCGACCAGUUCCUCCAGCAGCUGCAGACUUUUGACGAUCUCCUCAGGAGAAAAACGCUCAAACCCUCCGAACAGGUGAAGCGUCUGUCGCAGCUCGCAGAGGGGCUCAACUCUCUGGAAAGGGGCUACCUGUUCGCCAGGGACGAGCACAAGCUCCUGCAGCAGCGCGGGGAACACGUCAGCCACUUUGACCGAGAACGGGAGCUGGAGGGGCUGAUCUUCCAGUGCGGCCUUCACAUGGACGAGCUGAAGGAGCAGGUGGAGCAGACGCGACGGGAGCAGCCCAGCUGUGAGGCUCCUCCCACUCCGCCUCCUCAACCCUCCCCCCCAUCAGUCCCCUCCCCCUCAUCUGUCCCCUCCGAGGGGGGAGGAACUCUGACUCACCCGCAGAGCCCGCCGGUGCCUCUGCUGGUCGACCCCGGGAUGGCAGCAGAGCUGGAGGUGAGCUCGGCCAGCGAGGAGGGAGUCGAGGAGACGGACGAUGAAGAAACUCUGAACUCUCUGUAUCUCAAACCUCUGAGUGUCAAACAAACUCGCUUUGAAGAUUUCUCCGUGUCGAUGGAUCACUACGGAAGCUUCCAGGAACUUCCCAGAACCUUCGACCAUGGCCUCAGGGAAGGAGCUCUCCUCUUCACGCAGCCUGGGGACGAGGAGACGGAGAGAUGGACUCAAAGAUCUGGAAACGUUGGAGUCCAGAAAGGUCUUCCACAGAGGAGAGCUGAGUCCGACCAUCGGGACCCUCCUGUUGGCAUCAACGCUCAGCAGAGCAGCAGGUCCUCUCUACCUCCAUCCCGCGGCCCCGGUCCGUCCACUCUGCUCCCCGCUCAUCGUCCCUCGAGCCACCGGAGGCUGGAGGGAGUGAAGUCCCAUAGCAGCAGCAGUCAGAGCAGCCUGGGAGAGAUUCCUGCGUCGGAGAGGAGGAACUCCCAACUCCACACCGGGGGCAGGAGAGCGCCUCCCCAGGACGGGAUCAUCACUCCAGAGACAGACAGUGGGUUUGUGUGUUCAGAGAGCAGCCGUCUGACUCCUGCUGCGGCUCCCAGUCCCGUCCACCAGAGGGCGUCACAGAGAGUUCUGGCUCAGCAGGACGGGAGCGCAGGGAGACUUCACACAGAUCCAGUCUCAGCAGCGUCUCCUGCUUCGUCACUGUCGCACCGUCGCACAGCAGCCGAGAUCAGAGCGUCUCGGCCCGUCAGCCCCGACCAGUCGAGCAGGAGCAGACAGAGGCAGAGGACUCGCACCGUCUCCUGCUCCCCUCAGCCUCGCGUCAGCUGGACAGAACUACCCAGGGUGGACGGUGGCGCCAGACUUACGGAGAGCGACAGCACUCACACCGUGUCUGACGAGGAACAGCGGGACCACUACACAGAGUCCGUCAAUUCACACCACAGCUCCCACCUAAGCUCCUCCUCCACUGCACCUCGUCACCAUGGCAAUUCUCUCAGAGAGGCGGCAAAUCACCAUGAUACGGUUCGGACUCUGCAGGCCGAGGUCACCAGACUGACGGAGAGACUAGAUAGUCGGCUGAGACACGAGACGCCUCUCAGGUCCGUGAGAGCUUCUCCUUCAGUUCAACAGAACUACACCCACCAUCUCACCUCUACGCCUCGCGUCAGGCCUCAGGAGAGACGUCCAAGGGACGUCAGCAGACGAAGGCGAGCGAGACGAAGAUUCGACGAAGACGAGUGUAUACUGAGACAAACGGCCAGAGAGCAAUCGCCCUCUGUGGACAGAAAACCACCACAACGUGACGUCUUCACAGGUUCAGAGGUGGAGCUCCCCACGCCGAAGCCUCGGUCUCGGACGUCCAGGCGUACGAAAACUACCACUGUAGCAUCAGGCAGCUGCUUUUCACACUCUACUCCCGUCAGGAGCAAGAGAUCACACUCGAGGCAGCAUCCAGUCGUGUCUAUACAAGUGUCUAACGCACCAGAUGAACCCGACAGCGGAAAUCAUCAAGACCCUGUUCUCUGUCCCAAAUGUUCACUGCGUCGAUCUGAGCGGCCAGUUGGUGGCAACAGCCAGUCGACGCCCUCCUCCUCCUCCAGCUGUCGUCACUGUCCUCUCUGUGGACGCCUCGAGUCCCACAGGGUCACUGAACCAGACUCUCACGAAGACUCGGACUCUUCCACGCACACGAGCCGACAGACAGCCGAGUCUCCUGACAGAACAGCGAGCAGCAGACACGCCCCCACCUCUUCUCGUCCUUCGCCACCGCCGCCGCAGUGCAUGUUAGUGAGCCCGCCACUCCUGAUGUACUCUGUGCCCGUCCACGUGUCUCCAAGCAACAACGCUGGCACAUCCCCAGGGGUCAGGGGUCACAGGGAGGCGAGGGGGUGGACGAGCGGCUCCAUGGACGACUCUCUGAACAGAGCGAUCCGAGCGGCUCGAAAAAUGAAGCGCACCUCGGGCCACAUGGCUCACUCGCUGGCCUCGGGACUGCAGUAUCAGGAUCAGCUGACGCAGUCCUGCCGCUACUAGUCUCACCUCACAUCGCAGGCAGGUGAGAGUAGAGGUGGGCAAGCCGACCAUCUUUUGGGACAGAAUCAUGAUGUGAAUCACGACUUUUUCACUAUCUAGUAAAUUUUCUUUGGUUCCUAAUGUUUGGAACCAAAUUGUUGCUUUAGGUCCUGUUUUUAAAUGUUUUUUUUAUGGCAACAUUUUAUCCUCAAACAUGAAGGUGGCCAUAUUAUUUUUUUCUUUUCUUUCAUAACAAGUGCUGGCACACGUUGAAAUGACUUUCUGAAAUCACGUAUUGCUGUAGAUCAGUUUGACAGAAAAUAUUGAUCAUAUUGAUUUUUUUUAUAAAGACGUUGACAUGGCAAAUUACCGCUGUCUUGAUAUGGCCUUUGUCAUGAGUUAAUACUCCGUUAUUUUAAAAACAAUUGUUGGUCAUGUGAUCAUAGUAGUUGCUGUAUAAACCUAAUAUUUGUUGAUAUUACAUGUUCAACUGUUCUGUAACUUGAUCAUCUCGCUUUAUCUUUUAAAUGGCAUGAAUAGAUUUGUGUCGCCGCAAAACCUGAGAUGCUGGAAAUCUUUUUUUAAAAGUUGUGUCGUUAUUGUUAGUCAUUUUGUAUGUAACUAUCGACGAAACAUUGUAUAUUUUGUAGACUAUUUUAUCAUAAGCUUGUGUAUGUAUGAGCCAGAGGUACGAGUCUCCUCUAAGUGACCGGCUUCAUGUGGAUCAGAUAUUCACAUACCAGCGACGAAGACCUUAAAACAUCCUGGCUGGUGUGGAUCCAUCGUUACACUGGUGGGAUUACAAACUGAGAUAAAACUGAUAAAACAAUGCAUCAUACUUGAAACAUAUCACAGAACUGAAGGAUAUUUUGCAGGGAAUCUCAACAAUUGUCUGAGCCAAAUAAAAGUGAAUAUUAACA